UUCUAUUGUUCUACCUUUGUGUCUUUCUAUUUCUAUUGCUAUUUCAUCUCUAUUCUAUUUCUGUGGGUUUGGUUUGGCCUGCUUUGGUUUUCUGAUUUUCCUCUCCCUGCCCUUCACUGCUUUCCCUCAAAUUCUCGAGAUUGGCGUCCUAGAUAAAGACCGAGACAUCACUGUUCAAGCGCUUCCUCAACCUCCGUCUCUCCAGAAUCUCCUCUCUGUGAAGAACACAGAAGCUGAUGAGUGAGAGAGGAGGCUCUCUUGGAGGAGAGAGCCUGCCUGUACAUGCAAACAUCAACGCCAUUUCACUGUUCAAACAGUAGACCCGACGCAAAGUACGCUGUUUCAGAUACUGGGAGAACAGAGCGAUGGAUUCCAGCAAGUACGUGAGAUAUACGCCCGAGCAAGUGGAGGCCUUGGAGAGGGUCUAUGCCGAAUGUCCAAAGCCUAGUUCUAUGAGGCGGCAGCAGCUUAUUAGGGAGUGUCCUAUUCUCUCUAACAUUGAGCCUAAACAGAUCAAAGUCUGGUUUCAGAAUCGCAGGUGUCGUGAGAAGCAGAGGAAAGAAGCUUCUCGUCUCCAGACUGUAAACAGAAAGCUGACUGCUAUGAACAAAUUGCUGAUGGAGGAAAAUGACCGCUUGCAGAAACAGGUCUCUCAGUUGGUUUAUGAGAAUGGAUACAUGCGUCAGCAACUGCAGACUGUAUCCACAACCGCUACCACUGAUACCAGCUGUGAGUCUGUGGUUGUGAGUGGUCAGCACCAACAGCAAAACCCAACACCACAGCAUCCACAAAGGGAUGCUAACAACCCAGCGAGUCUUCUCACCAUAGCUGAGGAGACCCUGACGGAGUUCCUUUCAAAGGCUACUGGAACUGCUGUCGACUGGGUCCAGAUGAUUGGGAUGAAGCCUGGUCCGGAUUCUAUGGGUAUCGUUGCUGUUUCCCGCAACUGUAGUGGGGUAGCAGCACGAGCCUGUGGCCUUGUGAGCCUAGAGCCCACGAAGGUUGCUGAGAUCCUUAAAGAUCGUCCAUCUUGGUUUCGAGACUGCCGUUGCCUAGAUGUAUUGAGUGUACUCCCUACAGGAAAUGGAGGGAUGAUUGAACUUAUAUAUAUGCAGACUUAUGCACCAACAACACUAGCUGCAGCUCGUGACUUUUGGACACUCAGAUAUUCUACAAGUUUAGAAGAUGGCAGUCUUGUGAUCUGUGAGAGAUCUUUAAGUUCUACUGGUGGCCCAACAGGCCCUCCUGCCUCAUGUUUUGUCAGGGCCGAAAUGCUACCUAGCGGUUAUUUAAUUCGCCCCUGUGAAGGUGGUGGCUCCAUUAUUCACAUUGUGGAUCACAUUGACUUGGAUGCUUGGAGCGUCCCUGAAGUUCUUAGGCCACUCUAUGAAUCAUCCAAAAUUCUUGCACAGAAAAUGACAAUGGCUGCGUUAAGACAUAUUCGACAAAUCGCACAGGAAACUAGUGGAGAAAUUCAGUAUGGUGGGGGCCGCCAACCUGCUGUUUUAAGGACAUUCAGUCAAAGAUUGUGCAGGGGAUUUAAUGAUGCUAUCAAUGGCUUUGUGGAUGAUGGUUGGUCUAUUAUGGGAAGUGAUGGUGCGGAGGAUGUCACCAUUGCUAUAAGCUCCUCUCCCAGCAAAUUUUUUGGGUCUCAGAAUAACUCCUUGUCUAUGCUCCCAAGUUUUGGAGGGGUGCUGUGCGCAAAAGCAUCAAUGCUGCUUCAGAAUGUUCCUCCUGCUUUGCUUGUUCGUUUCCUGAGGGAGCAUCGUUCAGAGUGGGCUGACUAUGGAGUUGAUGCUUACUCUGCUGCGUGUCUUAAAGCUAGUCCUUAUGCAAUUCCUUGUGCAAGGCCCGGAAGCUUCCCGAGUAGCCAGGUUAUUUUACCGCUUGCACAUACUGUGGAACAUGAGGAGUUCUUGGAAGUGGUUCGCCUAGAGGGUCAUGCAUUCUCUCCUGAUGAUGUAGCUUUGUCGAGGGAUAUGUACUUAUUGCAGCUAUGCAGUGGAGUUGAUGAAAGCGCAGCUGGUGCCUGCGCUCAGCUUGUAUUUGCCCCUAUAGAUGAAUCCUUUGCCGAUGAUGCUCCUUUGCUGCCAUCUGGUUUCCGUGUUAUUCCACUGGAUCCUAAAUCAGAUGGACCAGCUGUUACUCGAACUCUAGAUUUGGCUUCUACUCUUGAAGUUGGUCAUGGUGGAGUUCGUCCUGCUGGUGAAGCUGAUUCAAGCAGUUAUAAUCAUAGGUCUGUUCUCACCAUUGCAUUCCAGUUCACUUUUGAAAAUCACUUCCGGGAUAAUGUGGCUGCGAUGGCCCGCCAGUAUGUCCGUAGUGUUGUUGGUUCUGUCCAGCGGGUUGCCAUGGCCAUUGCUCCAUCCCGGCUAGGUUCCCAUCUGGGGUCAAAAUCACUGCCUGGCUCUCCCGAGGCUCUUACAUUGGCACGGUGGAUUUGCAGGAGUUACCGAAUUCACACUGGUGGGGAGCUCCUUAGAGCUGAUGCAGCGCAAACUGGCGAUGCUGUCUUGAAACAGCUCUGGCAUCAUUCCGAUUCAAUAAUGUGUUGCUCUGUGAAACUAAAUGCAUCUGCAGUUUUCACCUUUGCCAACCAGGCAGGGCUCGACAUGCUGGAAACGACUCUUGUGGCCCUUCAAGACAUUAUGCUAGACAAGGUUCUCGACGAAGCUGGCAGGAAGAUUUUACUCUCCGAGUUCUCAAAGAUCAUGCAACAGGGAUUUGCUUAUUUGCCGGCGGGGAUAUGCAUAUCAAGCAUGGGGCGGCCGGUGUCGUACGAGCAAGCCGUAGCCUGGAAGGUUCUGGACGACGACGACUCGAGUCACUGCCUGGCUUUCAUGUUUGUGAACUGGUCUUUUGUGUAAGGGAAAACAUAUAUAUAUAUAUAUAUAUAUAGACACAUAUAGAGGCUGCCUCUUCUAAGUUAUAUAAUGUGGAUGUGUAUUUAUUUUGAAAACUAAUGACAUGGUGAACUACUAGUGGUAGUAGCAGUCGUUGUAGGUCUUGAUCUUGUUGCCAGGUUCACAUGAAAACUUUACUUGUUUAUGUAUUAUUAUGGUUGGUUUAUGGCACUGUUCUCUUGCUUUA